AUGUCAGGCCACGGCGACUUACAGGAGCUGCUGCGCAUGUUCACUUCACGCAAAAUUCCCAUGAUGGCAGCCAUGGGUCACAUCAAGGCGCUCCAGUCCAAGAACCUAAGAAGCAUUGAGCAAAUUGCAGAAGCGCCUCUCUCUGCAGUAGAAGCCGCCAUCUCAGACGCCAAACUGGCCAAGUCCUUCCACACAGCGUGCAAAACGCACGGCAAGAAGGCGACCAAGCGUGCUGCUGAGGAGUCUACCUCUCCCAACUCCAAGAAACCUAGACUGGAGCCUCAUAAGCGAGACUUGGACUACAGCUCGAUGAGCGCAGAAGAGCUGGAAAGCUCGCUCAGUUUGCCACUAGUUGAGGACGAAGAGACAAUCCGAAAGACGACGUUGCUGACAAACAGAGCGCCACUUGUGCUCGCGUUUGCGGUGGAAUUACUUCGCUUUACCAUGCCAGAACAGCCUCCGAGCAGCAGGUUGAGCCUGGGUCAGGCGGUCGUGAGUGCAAAUUCGAGAUCCAAGGCGAUUAGCAUUGGCAUUGAGAAGGCACCGCCUGGAGGUGAGGACCAGAUCCCUGAGGGACAGCCAAAGGUCAGGGUCUUGGGGCGCGAGAUUCCAGUUCUGAAAAGGAGCGGAUAUGCAUGGAAAUCGGAUGAACUAGAUGAGGCUGCAGGUUCGACAGAGGGGCCGAGUGAGCCAGAGUCGUCGUCGUCAGGCGAGCAGAAGACAUGGGUCGUGAGCCAAAAACUGACAUCUCGAGCGUCUACAUUUGUAGCGCAUGCCGCAAGUUUGUCUUCGCCUUCUCUUCGGACGGGUUUGAUGAAUGGUCUCAUGACAGAUAAACCCGAGUUGGAAACAGCCACACACAACGCAUGGGCCUUGCGAACGAGCUACGGCAACUCGCCACUGGUUCAAGAAGCUUCAUUUGACGACGGAGAAUCUGGCUGUGGGAAGUUUAUGCUACAAACCAUGCGCGAAGCAGAUGUCACGAAUACGCUCGUUGUGCUAUCGAGGUGGUACGGCGGCAUUAUGCUUGGUCCAGAUAGAUGGCGUCUUAUGAGAGAAUGCAUCAACGACGCGCUGUCUUCCCGCAGACGAAAGUCUACGCUGGCUGGGGAAGCACUCUGGGGUCUGGACCCUGAAAACAAGACGCCGUCUCUUACGACGGUGGGGAUGCCCAUUCACCGCCCCGAAGGCGCGAGGAACUACCUCCUACGGAGUUUUGGGACGGCUGCGGUUGACGGAGGUGGGAGUGAGACCAAGAAGACGCUGACGGCGGUGAAUGACGAGAGGGAAGAGAACUUGGGGAAAUUACUGGGGGCGCUGAGGCUGUUGUACAAGAGCUGGGCCGGCGUUUUGCGGAAAGACGAGCUCGAUCGAAGAGCUUGGAGCUGGUAUGUUUCUGUGCGGCCCGAUGUGGAAGCUGGACCAUCCGGAUGGGGAGCAAAGGGCCAUUUGGACUUGGGUAAAAUUUUGGAUUUGAGGCGGGCAGAAGGGAGUGCCGGGACGAAGCAGCUUGCAGAGUCAUGA